AUGGAAUCGUCAGAGAAGCCAAUUGCGCCGACUGAUGUGGCAGAUGCUCGUGGUAACGAGAUCACAUCGAAAGAGGAGCCAGAAACUGCAGAACAGAGCAUUGAGGAGAAUGCAUCGGGUCCUGAGUUCAGCCCGAAUUGGAGAUUCUGCUUGGCGUUUUGCUCUCUUGCUGUGGUUACACUGGCGGCAGCUCUAGACGCGACCUCAUUAUCGGUCGCCCUCCCCAUCAUCGCUCAAAAGCUCAAAGGGACAGCCAUUGAGGCAUUCUGGUCUGGCACAUCAUUCCUCUUGACUUCGACCGUCUUUCAGCCCAGCUAUGCCUCGUUCUCCCAUAUCUUCGGCCGGAAGCCCUUGGUUUUCGUGGCCUUGACUUUCUUCACUGUCGGUGCGAUCAUUGCGGCAGUUUCUAAUAGCUUUACCGUCAUGCUUGUUGGACGAAGCCUGCAGGGUAUUGGGGCAGGAGGCAUGAUUUCGUUGACGGAAGUUAUUAUCACUGAUAUGGUGCCAUUGAGAGAGCGAGGGAAGUGGUUUGGUUUUGUGAGCGGAAUGUACGCAAUAGGCUCAGUCUCGGGGCCUAUUGUUGGAGGUGCAUUUGCUCAAGAUGCUUCGUGGCGUUGGAUCUUCUGGAUAAACCUCCCAAUCAUUGGCAUUGGAUAUGUCAUGGUCGCAUUCUUCCUCAAGCUCCAACACACCAAAUCCGCCCCUUUCCUACAGCAGCUGAAGCGUGUUGAUUGGUUUGGAUCAGUCCUAUUCAUUGCAUCCACUACUAGUGUCUUGAUCCCAGUCUCAUGGGGCGGUGUGAUAUAUCCAUGGAACCACUGGAAAACGCUUGUCGCACUAAUACUGGGCAUUGUUGGCCUUGCGGCUUUCGCCCCUUACGAAAUGUACGUCGCCAAGGAGCCCAUGGUCCGAUUUAGCAUCUUCAACAACUUGUCAUCCAAACUCGUCUAUUUUCAAACAUUCAUCCAUGGACUGCUUCUCUGGAGUCUCCUCUACUACUUGCCGAUCUACUACGAAGCUGUCAAGGACUACUCUCCAAUCAUAACCGGCAUCGCGGUGUUCCCCGAAACGUUCACCGUCGCUCCAGCUUCCAUCGUCGUAGGAAUCACCACAAGCAUUACGGGGAAAUACAAAUGGGCGCUCUGGGUUGGCUGGAUUCUCACGGUGCUGGGAAUGGGACUCCUCUAUCUGCAAGACGUAAAUACAUCCACCGUUGCCUGGGUCUUCCUGAACCUGGUACCCGGACUCGGAACCGGAAUUCUCUUCGCCGGCAUGGGUAUCGCCAUCCCAUCCUCAGCGGCAGCAAUCGACAGCGCCUACGCCGUCGCCUUCUUCUCUUUCUUCCGGGCCUUUGGCCAAGGAGUCGGCGUCGCUAUCGGUGGCACGAUCUUCCAAAACAUGGUCCAGAAAAAACUCCAAGCGUAUCCCCUCCUUGCUCCUUUCGCUGCCGAGUACAGCAAGGAUGCUGCGGGCUUGGUACAGGUUAUCAAGGCGAUGCAGCCAGGAUUGGCGAAGACGCAGCUCAUUCAAGCAUAUGCGGAUAGUAUUAAAGUGAUUUGGGUUACGAUGUGUGGGCUCGCUUCUGUGGCGAUGUUGACGUGCUUCUUUGUUAAGGAGUACUCGAUGGAUAUUCAGCUGGAGACGGAGCAGGGGUUUAAGCAUCAUGGAGAAACUGUGGAUGUUGAGUCAAGCGACGUGGAAAAGAACUUGGGGAAGUCUGAAGGUCGCAUUUAAAGAUCUGGUUUCGUCUUAGACGUGAAGGUUACGAAUUUUCGUUCUUGACUGAUACCCCG